AUAUUUGACUAUCAUGCCAUCAACGCUAUCAAAUAUACUCGGAUGGUCCUAUGUCACUAGUUGGUGUCUAUCAUUCUACCCACAGCUGAUAGUAAAUUACAAGCGGAAACGUGUGGAUGGUGUCAGCAUAGAUUUCCUCUAUCUUAACGUCCUCGGUUUCCUCUGCUUAACAAUCUACAAUCUCGCCUUUCUCUAUUCUGAUACUGUCAAAGAGGAAUACAAAGCACGGCACAAUGGCAAUGACUCGACUGUACAAUUCAACGACGCUUUAUUUGCUAUGCACGCUUUUACAUUGAGCGUUGUCGGUGUCAUUCAGUCCUUGGUCUAUCCACGUAGCAAAUCUCAACAAUCUGUCAGUAUAACUUCAGGAACUACCAUUUGGGUAGUAGUGGACGGUUUCUUUGUACUCUCCCUCUUUGUUUAUCUCGGCUGGUGGAGUUUGGAGCUCAUUGACUUGCUAUACUUCCUUUCAGGUGUUAAACUCUAUGUUACAGUAUGCAAAUACGUUCCUCAGAUGCUUCACAAUUAUAGGCGCAAAUCGACAGUGGGAUUCUCCAUUUUCAAUAUCCUCUUUGACUUUGUCGGCGGUUUUCUCAGCUUGUUACAACUCAUCGUCGAUUCGGUCGGAAGCGGUGAUUUGACUGGUAUCAUAGGUAAUCCAAUAAAACUAUCACUAUCACUCGUCACUCUUGUCUUCGAUAUCAUCUUCAUGGUGCAGCACUACUACCUCUAUAGAGGCAAUGAUCAUGUCGAAUAUGACGAGGAAAAUACGCACACACAUCCUCACCGUCGUCACUCGCAUACGGAAGAAAAUCGAGCAUUUUUGUAACAUAGUGCCAAUAGCGUCAUAUAUACCCUUCUUAUCUUCAGACGAUGAAGAGUGCAGCAAAAAAUGCUGAUAGCAGCAACGAACUAACUCCUACAGAGGAGAUACCCGGAUACACCUCAAAUGACUCUGGUUUCGCAUCUGAUGAAGAAUACUCCGAAUAUGGCACAACGCCAGACCAUGAUGGUAGGAAAGAAGUAUCGAGCUUAAAAGCCCAUGAUAUUACACCAUGGUGGCAUAGCCAACAAUCGACCAUGUCAGGAGCAUCUACAACGCCUGAAGAGUACAAUAACUAUGGCAUCACACCUGAGUCUAUUUCACCACCUACAAGCCGACAUGUACGAUUUAAUAGUAGAAUACACCUCUAUAGACCGCAUACAGCUUCUUCUGCGGCCUCAUCUAUUUCUGGAUCGCUUAGAUCGACAUCAUCGGUUGUGUCCCCAUAUAACGCAAAUCGGCGGCAUAGUUUGAUGCCAAUCAUGCAAAUAAAGCAAGCGAGAAUUAAUGAAAGAUCAAGAUUGAUGGGUGCUGAUAAUAGCAAGAACGACGACGAUAUUGAUGUCUUAUAUGGAAAAUUUCCGAAACGCCUACUCAAUUGGGAGUAUAUAAGGUCGAUAAUAUGCGGUAAUUGUUGUGAUAGUCUAAAUUACAAUGAUGAAGAUGACGU